AUGACUGAGUGGCCCGUCAGCCGUGUGCGUCGGGAGUUUUUGAACUUCUUCGAGCGGCGCGGCCACACGUUCGUGCCCUCCAGCCCUGUGGUUCCCCAGAAUGAUCCCACGCUGCUCUUCAUCAACGCCGGCAUGAAUCAAUUCAAAAACAUCUUUCUCGGCACGGCAGAUCCCAACACCGAAUUUGGCCGCCUUACCCGUGCGGCAAACUCACAGCUUUGCAUUCGCGCCGGUGGAAAACAUAAUGAUCUCGAAGACGUUGGCCGUGACACUUACCACCACACCUUUUUUGAGAUGCUGGGCUCUUGGUCUUUUGGGGACUACUUUAAACGUGAGGCCAUUCGCUGGGCAUGGGAACUGUUGACGGAGGUGUACAAGCUUCCAAAGGACCGUCUCUACGUGACAUAUUUUGAGGGGGACCCCGCAAGCGGCAUAGCAGCCGAUGAAGAGGCGAAGCAAGUCUGGUUGGAGUUUCUGCCUCCGGAGCAGGUCCUCCCUGGGAAUGCCAAGGAUAACUUUUGGGAAAUGGGGGACACGGGACCCUGCGGGCCCUGCUCGGAGGUGCACUUUGAUCGCAUAGGCGGUCGCAAUGCGGCGGCGUUGGUGAAUAAGGACGAUCCGAUGGUGAUUGAGGUUUGGAACCUGGUUUUCAUGCAAUUUGAACGUAAUGAGGGCGGGGUGCUGACGCCUUUGCCGAGGAUGCAUGUGGAUACUGGCAUGGGUCUUGAGCGACUGACGUCCAUUAUGCAGGGCGUGCACUCGAACUACGACACGGACGCAUGGAUGCCCCUCUUUGAGGCCAUUCAGAUGGUAACGGGGUAUGAAAAGUCAUAUGCCGAAAUAAGUGAGGACACCGGCUCGGAUGCAACCGUAGCAUACCGUGUGAUAGCUGAUCACAUCCGUUGCCUCAGUGUUUCACUGGCGGAUGGCGCCCUGCCAGACUCUGUUGGCCGUGGUUUCGUGUUGCGCCGCAUCAUCCGCCGCGCCGUCCGCUACGGCACGCAGUUUCUUGGGGCAAAGGUCGGUUUUUUUAGCCAACUUGUGGAUGCCGUUGUGACAUCGCUGGGACCUUUUUUCACCCACCUGCAGGACCCACGCACGGUGCAGCGCAUCAAAACAGUGCUUGCCGACGAGGAGGUGUCCUUCGCCAAGACGUGGGAGAUGGGGCUUAAGCACUUCAACAAGGCCGUUGUGGACGCCGUGGACGACACCAUCAGCGGUGAGAACGCCUUUAUUCUGCACGAUCGCUACGGAUUCCCUAUUGAUUUGACCUGUCUGCUGGCGGAGAAGGCGAAGCUUUCUGUGGACAUGAAUGGCUUCCACGCGGCCAUGAAGACAAAUCAGCUAAGUGCGGGUCGUGUUGCUGCCGCAAAGACGUUUUUUGAUGCGCAUCAACUGGAUGAGCUCCGAAAGAAGGGGAUUGCCCCGACGGAGGAUGCCGCCAAGUAUACUUGGGAGAAUCACACCGCAGAGAUAAAGGCUAUUUUUAACAAAAAAAAGGGUCAGUUUGUGGAAAUGCUGAUGCCUGGCGAUGAGGGUGAGGAGGACAUUGGCCUCAUUCUAGACGUCACAAACUUUUACGCGGAGUCUGGUGGUCAAAUAUAUGACACUGGCCGCAUCGUUGCCGCUGCGGAUGCCGUGUUUGAGGUAAAGAAGGUUUACCACCUUGGUGGCUACGUGGUGCAUGUGGGACGCAUGCUGAAGUUAAACUCCGCUCCUGUGCCAAUUCCUGUAACGGCCUCUGUGGAGCUGCAGGUGGACUAUACACGGAGGAUUGCUGUCGCUGCGAAUCACUCCGCGACACACGUCCUGAACUGGUGCCUGCGGCGCGUGCUGGAGGAGGAAGCCCCUGAAAAUUACAUGGAGGUUCAACAGAAGGGGUCCCUUGUUACCGAUGAAAUGCUGCGCUUCGAUUUCAGCUACAAUAGCAAGGUCAGCCAAGAAGACCUCGUCAAGGUUGAGCGGGUCCUUAAUGAGAAAAUCCAACAGGGGCUGGUGGUGUACCGCAAGGAAGUUGCACUUGAGGCCGCCAAACGCAUUGAGGGACUGCGACAGAUGUUUGGCGAGAAGUACCCCGACCCUGUCAGUGUCAUCUCUGUUGGCGUCCCUGUCGAGGAACUCCUUGCAAAGCCCGAGAGUAAGGAGUGGCGUGGAUACGCGGUGGAAUUUUGUGGUGGCACGCACCUGUCAAAUCUAAAAGAGGCAGAUAUCGCUGUAAUUCUCUCAGAGGAAGCACUUAUGAAAGGGGUUCGACGGAUUGUUGUGGCGACCCGCGACGCCGCACGCAAGGCCCUUGCACAGGGGGAACUGCUGGAGAAGGAGUACCGCGACAUCAUCGCCGGUGGGACGACAGAUUCAACCGCCAAGAGUCUCUCAGUGCUGAACAAGAAGGUGGGCGACAGUCAGAUCCCGCUCACGAUGAAAAACGCCUUGCGAGAGGAGAUCGACGGAAGCAUAAAGCUUGUCCUCGCCAAUGUGAAGGCAAUGGCAGCACAGUUGAAGGAGAAAGCCACCGCCGCAGGACGAGCGGCGGCGGAUGCAUACGACGCGGAGGCCAACCCAUUUUUUGUGCAACGACUGACCGACUUUGGGGCCGAGCGUGACGCACUGCAGGCCUACGCUGAUGGGUUCACAGGAGCCGUGCAGGGCGCCGUUGGCCUCUUCCUCUUCGGCGCCGAUGCGAACAAGGCACUCGCGCUAGUAACGCUCCCAGCGGCGUUCACAGCGAAGAAGCUGAGCGCUGUCGACUGGGCGAAGGCGGCCGUCGGGAAAGGCGGAGGCAAACCGCACGCCGCACAGUCGGGCCUACCCACCGCUGGCGUUGAUGCGGCGAUGGCUAAGGCAAUUGCAGAGGCGGCAAAGAUGAAGGCUGCGCUUUGA